UUUCCUAACAUUUUGACACAAUUCCAAUUCCAAAAAUCCCACAAAAAUUUCGAGAUUGUGAAAGCCAAGCAAAUAUGAAGCCGUCAACUUCUCUUCUUCCCCGAUCAUCCAUCCACCUCAAACCCUAACAAUCGCCUAUUCUCAACCCCUCUAAUGGAGCUCUGUCCUUUACUCGACACCUCUCUUCCUUCCUCCCACCGCCCUCUUCUCCGCUCCAAACCUUCCAUUUCUGCGCGGCGAAUUUCUGGUUUUUCGAAUUCUUUACGGCCAACUCGUCGCCGGAAUGCUUAUUCUGCUUCAAGCUUCGAUACCCUUGUUGCCAGGUCGCGUAAGGAGGAAGAGGAUGAAUUUGGAGAUUUGAAGGCUUGGAUGCACAAAAAUGGGCUUCCUCCUUGCAAGGUUGUUCUUGAGGAGAAGGCUUGGCAUGAUAAGAAUCAUUGGCCUAUACAUUAUGUGGCUGCCAGUGAAGAUCUUGAGGUGGGUGAUGUUGCAUUUUCGGUGCCGGAUUCCUUGGUCGUGACGCUUGAGAGAGUUCUUGGAAAUGAGACCGUCGCAGGAAGACAAUCUUGCUUGCAUAACUUUUAUGGCUGUUUGGAUCUUCUUGCAGCCGAGUUGUUAACCACCAACAAGUUAUCAGAGUUGGCAUGCUUAGCUUUGUACUUGAUGUAUGAAAAGAAACAAGGAAAGAAGUCUUUCUGGUACCCUUACAUUAGAGAGCUCGAUCGCCAACGUGGGAGGGGCCAACUAGCCAUUGAGUCGCCUCUUCUAUGGUCGGAAGCUGAACUCGACUACCUCUCAGGAAGUUCGACAAAGAAAGAAGUUCUCGAACGGGCGGAAGGAAUCAAGAAGGAGUAUAAUGAGCUUGACACUGUGUGGUUUAUGGCUGGCUCUCUGUUUCAGCAAUACCCAUAUGAUAUUCCAACGGAAGCAUUUUCCUUUGAGAUUUUCAAACAAGCCUUUGUUGCAGUUCAAUCAUGUGUGGUGCAUUUACAGAAUGUAAGUUUGGCUCGGAGAUUUGCUUUGGUUCCUCUUGGCCCUCCGUUGUUGGCUUAUAGAAGCCAUUGCAAGGCAAUGCUAACUGCUGUUGAUGGUGCUGUGGAACUAGUGGUUGAUCAGCCGUACAAGGCUGGGGAAUCAAUAGCGGUUUGGUGCGGGCCACAGCCUAAUUCAAAACUACUCCUAAACUAUGGAUUCGUCGACGAAGAUAACCGCUACGAUCGCUUAGUAGUCGAGGCAGCUUUGAACACUGAAGAUCCUCAAUAUCAAGAUAAAAGAAUGGUUGCUCAAAGAAAUGGCAGAUUAUCAAUACAAACCUUUUAUAUUUAUGCUGGAAAGGAGAAAGAAGCUGUCUUAGACAUGCUUCCUCAUCUUAGGCUUGGCUAUGUCACUGAUCCUUCAGCUAUGCUGUCUGUUCUUUCUUCUCAAGGUCCUGUCUGUCGUGUGAGCCCUUGCAUGGAAAGAGCUGUGUUGGAACAAGUUGCUGGCUAUUUCGAGCGACGACUGGCUGGCUACCCGACUACGUUGAGCGACGACGAGUCUCUGCUGGCCGAUGGUGAUUUGAACCCGAAAAAGCGAGUUGCUACUCAGCUUGUUAGAUUGGAAAAGAAGAUUCUUCAGUCAUGCUUGGAAGUGACCAUUGAUUUCAUGCAUCAGUUGCCGGAUCAUACUGUUUCUCCAUGCCCUGCUCCCUAUGAACCCUUGUUGAGAUGAGUAAGAUCGUCACGAAUCGAGCUGCGAUGCGGAAUCCUCCAUCCCGAGGUGAAGCGAAAAUCAAGCUUAAUCUAAGUAAGCUGCCCACUGCAUGGGAUGGUUGGUUGUUCUUUCAGAGUGGUCAGGUACUGAAGAACAAAAUUUGGAGGUUGGAGGCCAUGGAUUUGGGGCUUUUCUUGCGGUCUAUAACUCACUCUCUCAAAUUGCUUCCUGUAAAUAACCAUAUCUACUGAUCCAUCGCAAUUUUGUGAUCAUACGCUCGAAGAAGUGUUUAUCGAUGAUUAACAUGUAUGUCUUUUUGGUUCUUGAAGUUUC